GGCCUUUUGGGAAAGCACAUCGCCGCCGCCGUCCGCCGUUUUGAACUUGGCGGGCAAGAUGUGGGCGGUGGGGCCUUUGGGGGCUUCCUCGCCUCCUCGUGACACCUUUCUGCUUGCCGACUGCAGGUCCAGGUCUCGGUGCUCCUCGGGUACUUUCUCUGUUCCCAUGUCCAGCGCCCGGGGCCAGGGACUGGGCACAGAGUGCUCACUGUCGCCGCCGCCGAGCUGCAGUAAUUCCACCAUGUCGCUGUUGUCUCCCCUUGGUCACCAGAGCUUCCCGUUUUACGACAGCGAUGGUGACGGGGAGGACAGGGAGGAUGAGAAAGACGUGAUCGAAGAUGCCCAUGACUCAGAGGCCAACUUGGAGAGCUUAAGAGGAUUGGAGUUACAGGGGUGCGCCAGUGUGGUUGAAUCAGAACAUAACCCAAAAGAAAAGAAGCAGGUGUGCUUACCAGAAAGCAGGCUGACACCAUGGGAAGUGUGGUUUAUUGGCAAAGAAAAAGAAGAACGUGACCGUCUGCAACUGAAAGCCCUAGAGGAAUUAAAUCAAGAGCUAGAAAAAAUAAAAGAAAUGGAAGAACGUGAAAAGAGAAAGUUAAUUGCUGAAGAAAAGCACAAAGAAUGGGUUCAGAAAAAGAAUGAGCAGAAAAGAAAAGAAAGGGAACAAAAAAUUAAUAAAGAAAUGGAGGAAAAAGCAGCAAAGGAACUGGAGAAGGAACAAUUGCAAGAAAAAUCAAAAGAAAAAUAUCACGAAUGGUUAAAGAAAAAAAAUGCUGAAAAUUAUGAGAAGAAGAAGAAAGAAAAGGAAAAAGAAAAACAACGGCAAGCUGAAUUACAAGAGAAAAAGGAAGCAGCAGAAAAAAAGUUUAAGGAAUGGUUGGAAAAUGCAAAAAACAAACCUUGUCCAACUGUGAAGAGCUAUGGUUAUGCCAGUGGAAAACUUACAGGUUUUUACAGUGGAAGUUCUUAUCCAGAACCAGCCUUUUACAAUCCAAUUCCAUGGAAACCUAUUCAUAUGCUUCCUCCCAAAGAAGUUAAGGAUCUAUCAGGAAAGAAGACUAAAAGACCUGUGGUGAGUCUUCCACACAGGUCACCAUCUCUGGUAACUCAUAAAGCGAGAAGCAAUCUUUGUCUUGGGACACUAUGCAGAAUACAGAGAUAGUAGAUAUGGGAACUUGCACGAUUUUGACUGGGACUAUUUAAUUUUAAAUUAGCAGUCUUUUUUUUACGACUUAGUCAACAACUCAACUCUGGAACUGGUUAUUGACAAGUUUAGAUUUUGUGUUUAUAUGUGAAGUUCCUAAAAUUAAUUGAGGAAGACAUUUUUAUACAUUUUCAUUUUUUUUAAAUGUUUCAAUGUUGAUCUUGGUAUAAUGGUUUUCAGGAUAAGUGACUGUCAAUUGUGUUGUAUUUGACUAUUAAAACUAUUGCAAUACCAAUAAAACCAGCACUUUGUGUUCUGUCA